AUGCAUCCUUCUGGCGUGAUGGGGAUGGGAAUGGGUGGGGGUGCUUUGAGCGCUGUCGUCAUCACCACCAGGCGGUGGGUCUCAGUCCGUACGGCGAACAUUUUCAGCCAGGUGGGUAUUAGUCACGCCCGCCUCGUGUCGUGGACACCGCACACCACGGACAAGAAGCAGGAGGCCUUCGCCAAGAUGGCGAGGUCGAACUUCAACGACCCUACCCCACAGAGCUUCGAGCAGGAACUGGAAGCCUAUCGUGCACAUCAUCGCCCGAACAUUUACAUUUACAAGUUUAACGUAUCGUCAACACGUGUAUUCCUUCGAGAGUAA